UGCUGAGAGCGUUUUUACAUUGGUGUCUGCCCAUCAGUUUCAACUCUCUCUCUCUAAAAAUCUUUUUCUGGUUUCCUACUUAUAGGUCACUCCUUACAAGCUCAUCUUCUCUAACAGACGCUUCCUUUGAGAUGCGCCUUUUGCCAACGAUGGACCUUCCAUCUUCCAUGCCAUGAGCUCUUCUUUCAGGGAUCCAUGGAUUUUAGGGGUACUGUGAGCUUGGAGGGGUUGAGGGGUGCUCAAGAAGAUGGAGCUCCUUGUCGGAUUCCGGACCCUGAGCCCAAGCUGAACGAGCGCGGAUCUGGGUUGGUGAAGCAACAGAGAUCUGGGUCCGCUGAAGAUGAGUUCUGGAGGAUGAUGAACUCAAAAAUGCCCAGGACUACUACUGAUGAUUUUGGACUCUCGAAGACAAUGUUGCUUCCUCAGGGCAUUCCUUUGUUGAGAUCUAAUUUGUCUCAUGGGGUCUCUGAUGAUGCUCGCCAGCAGCAGCAGCAGCAGCACCACAUGCUGAGCUUCUCUUCGGCCAAACCAGAUGUUUCCUUUGUCGGUAAAGAUGGGGGAUUAGUUGAUAGGAGCUCACAGAGCAGUGCCUUUCCUAACUACCUUCUGCACCCAACCCCUGCUCACUCUAGAAAUGCAGGUUAUGGUUCUGGAAGCUUGAACGCGAGUAUGCAUGGGGCCUUUGCGGCGGUCAGAGGACCAUUUACUCCUUCGCAGUGGAUUGAGUUGGAACACCAGGCCUUGAUCUACAAGUACCUCACAGCAAAUGUGCCUGUACCAUCCAAUUUGCUCCUUGCCCUCAAAAAAUCCAUCAGUCCAUUUGGGCUGUCCGGAACAUCUGCCGCAUCCUUGCCUCCUAAUUCAUUGGGAUGGGGUUCUUUCCGUCUGGGUUUCUCCAGCAACACUGAUCCUGAGCCUGGGAGGUGUCGUCGAACAGAUGGGAAGAAAUGGCGGUGCUCUAGAGAUGCUGUUGCCGACCAGAAGUACUGUGAAAGGCACAUAAACAGGGGCCGCCAUCGUUCAAGAAAGCCUGUGGAAGGCCAGACUGGCCAUGCUCUCUCCGGAUCCAUGAAUUCCUCGAAUUCAAAGGUGGUGCCGGUGACUUCCUCUGUCUCAGCAUCGAUAUUGUCCAGCGGUGGCACAUCCAACAGCCUUGCUAAUACAGUGCAGCACAAGCUCAAAGGUUUGCAGCCUGCUGCAGCCAAUCCUUCUAUGGAAGCCUUUGCGAAUAGAAUGCCAGAUCCACAGGCCCUCUCCAUGGUAUCUCCCUCCAUCGGCCUAAAUCCUCGAGAGUCCUCUCUCUCCAUUCCCAAACAAAGGAACCCUUUUGAAGAAUCUUCCCAGUCAGACUUUGGCUUGGUCUCGAUCCCCAAUCCUUCACAAAAAGGCACCUACAUGAACGAUAGAAAUGGUAGUUUUUUCAUGCACUUCAAUGGCCAAGAGACCCAAGAUCAACACCCAGUUCGCCAAUUCAUUGAUGACUGGCCCAAGGACCAGUCCGCUAAUCGCUCAGUAAUCCCCUGGCCCGGAGAACUGAAAUCAGACUGGACCCAGCUCUCAAUGUCGAUCCCUGUGGGCUCAUCGGACUUCUCAUCAUCCUCUUCCUCGCCAACACGGGAGAGACUUGCUGUCUCACCAUUGAGGCUGUCUCGGGAGUUUGACCCUGCCCAAGUGGGCUUGGGGGUGAACAAUGACUUCAUUGAACCGACAAUGCAAAAGCAAGCGAACUGGAUACCAAUCUCCUGGGGAAGUUCAAUGGGUGGUCCUUUGGGUGAGGUCUUGAAGAACACUGCCACUGCCAUGGGCUGCAGGAAUUCAUCUGGUCUUAACCUCAUGUCCGAAGCUUGGGAUGGUAGCCCCCAGCUGGGAUCUUCUCCGACAGGAGUCUUGCAGAAGACGACUUUCGUAUCACUUUCGAACAGCAGCUCAGGAAGCAGCCCAAUAGCUGAGAACAAAAUGACCCAUGAGGGGGCUAGCCUUUGUGAUGAUGUGUUUGGUUCAACUCUUGCAAGUUCCUGCUCUGUACCAUCCUUAUGAAGGUCCCAUGACUGGAUGGGAAAAGAUUGAGAUAGCAGAAAGAAUGUCUGAAGAAAGGAAGAUGGGUCGAUAUUGAGUGAGAGGGUGGUCUAGAGUAACUGGGUUUUCUUAUUAGUUUGUCUUAUGUUUCUUUUAUGACAUGGUUUGAAAAUGUGUAUGGUUUAGGGACUCGCAGACUCCGGCGAGGGCAUUGACUGUUUCUGGUUUUUAUAUUUGUGAUUCGCGGGAGACUGAAGUCUUGUGAAGCGAAGAGUAUAUGUUAUGUUCUUUCCUUAUCCUCUUAGAACUGCUGGUUUCCAUUUUUCCUCUGUCGUAAACAGACGGCCUUUUAGGAGGUGGUUUUUA